CGCGCUAAAACAAAAAGGAAAAAAAAAAACAGUUGAGCUUUCACUCCAAAUAAAUCUCAAGCCAAACCUAGUUGCAUCCCCAAAAUAAUCUAAUCCCAUCCCCCCACUCCCAGCUUCUGUGCUUAUUUUCCUGCUGCUCCUCCACCUCCACAAAAACAAAUUCCAAAGAAAUAAAUCUGGCGAAAUCUUAUGGAAUGACGGACUAUCAGUUAGCACCCACCAUGAAUCUUUGGACCGACGAUAAUGCAUCUGUUAUGGAAGCUUUCAUGACCUCUGACCUUUCUUCUAUAUGGCCACCUCCACAAUCCUCUGCUUCCACUUCCACUCCAGUUGUUGCUGCUCCUCCUCCUCCUCCUCCUCCUCCUCCUGCUGCUGGGCUCGACCCAUCAAAGUCCUUCCUCCCCCACUCCCAGCCCUCCGUUUCUCUCCUCAGUCAAGAAUCUCUUCAACAACGUCUCCAAGCACUCAUCGAAGGGGCUCGCGAGAGCUGGACUUACGCCAUUUUCUGGCAGUCUUCUUACGAUUACUCCGCCACUACCGUGCUCGGUUGGGGGGACGGCUAUUACAAAGGCGAAGAAGACAAAGGGAAGGCAAAGUUGAAAGCUUCUUCAUCUUCUGUUGCUGAACAAGAACACCGUAAGAAAGUGCUUCGAGAACUCAACUCCUUGAUUUCUGGACCCGCAGCUCCCACCGACGAUGCCGUCGACGAAGAAGUCACCGACACCGAGUGGUUCUUUUUGGUAUCCAUGACGCAGUCUUUUGUCGACGGCAGCGGCCUUCCGGGCCAGGCUUUUUCCAAUUCAAGUCCCGUUUGGGUUGCUGGGCCGGAUCGGUUAGAGAGUUCCAUGUGCGAGAGGGCGAAGCAAGCGCAAGUUUUUGGUUUGCAAACCUUGGUUUGUAUACCCUCGGCAAAUGGGGUUGUUGAGUUAGGGUCAACGGAACUCAUCACGCAAAGCUCAGAUAUAAUGAACAAGGUUCGGGUUUUGUUUAAUUUCAAUAUCGAGAUCGAAGCUGGUUCUUGGUGUAUGAGUAACAACACUGCUGAUCAAGGCGAAAAUGAUCCCUCUUCGCUUUGGAUUAGUGACCCACAUGCUGGAGUCGAGUUUAAGGAAAGCAGCAACACCACCACCACCACCAAUCAUACUAGCAACCAUAAUCAGCAGACUCAGAAGUCAAUUCAGUUCUGCGACAAUCGUAGUUCCAGUAGUUUAACCGAGAAUCCGAGUUCUAUUCCUGCUGGAAAUCAUCACCAGCAGCAGCAGAGUCAUCCGCAGGGGCAAAGUUUAUGCUUGAAUUUUUCCGAUUAUGGCUUUGAUGAGAGUAGCAGUGUGAGGAAUGGGAAUUCAUCUUCUCAUUUGUUGAAACCUGAAUCCGGAGAGAUAUUGAAUUUUGGUGAGAGUAAGAGAAGUGGGAAUGGGAAUUUGUUCACAGGAAACUCUCCGUUCGCUGUGGAGAACAAGAAGAGGUCGCCUAAUUCAAGAGGGAGUAACGAAGAAGCUAUGCUUUCGUUUACUUCAGGUGUAAUUUUACCUUCAUCUGGUGUGGUGAAAUCAAGUGGGGGUGCCGGGGAUUCAGAUCACUCUGAUCUUGAAGCUUCCGUUGUUAAGGAGGCCGAUAGUAGUCGAGUCGUAGAGCCUGAAAAGAGGCCUCGAAAACGGGGGAGAAAACCGGCUAACGGAAGAGAAGAGCCUCUAAAUCAUGUUGAAGCAGAGCGUCAAAGAAGGGAGAAGCUUAACCAGAAGUUUUACGCCCUGCGUGCGGUGGUUCCUAACGUGUCGAAGAUGGAUAAAGCAUCGCUCUUGGGUGAUGCUAUUUCAUAUAUUAACGAGCUCAAGUCGAAGCUACAAAGUGCAGAUUUGGAGAAAGAGGAGAUGCAGAGCCAAUUAGAGGCAUUGAAGAAAAAUUUGUCAAGUAAAGCUCCACCACCACAUGAUCAAGACCUCAAGAUUUCAAAUCACAGUGGCAAUAAAUUGAUAGAUUUGGAGAUUGAGGUGAAGAUUAUUGGAUGGGAUGCAAUGAUUCAAAUCCAAUGCGGUAAAAAGAACCAUCCAGCAGCAAAGCUAAUGGCUGCCUUGAAGGAAUUAGACCUGGAUGUGCACCACGCUAGUGUAUCAGUAGUGAAAGACUUGAUGAUCCAACAAGCCAAUGUGAAGAUGGGGAGCCGGUUUUUCACGCAGGAGCAAUUAAAAUCAGCCCUAACAACCAAACUUGGAGAUGCAAGAUAGAGAGUAUUGAGCAGAGCUUGAUUGAAAGAUCAUUGUUUAAAAUGGCUGCAGGGUUCUGGGAUAUUUUAAGGCUCCUGGUAGCACGAGCUCUGUAAAAUACUGUUCUGUUUUGUUCUUAUUAGUGUUUAGUGUAGUUAAUAAUAGUUUGAGAGGUGAUGUUAAUGAAUCAGGAGCUUAACUGGUUAGCAGGUGGUGGGUUGAUUUCCCAAUAACUUUAAAAACACUGGAUUAACAUUUGUUGAGCUCCAAUCAAGUGAAAA